AGUUUUGUAUCAAAUACGGUUCAUUUCCGAGGUACGUGAUUCACCAUUAACUAGAUUAGUCGGUUGGCAGGGCAAGGGUAUACGGACAUUUUGAUCGCGUUUUCCACAUUGCUCUUUGAUAAUGAGGAUGUGUAAAGUGCACAGUGAGGAUUCAUUGCGUCGCUCACGCCCCCGUAACUGCACGAAUAGGCGCGCAACGCAACCAAACGGCGGCGAGCUUCACCACCGCAGUCGGCUUGUGCGGAAGAACAACACACUGCGGAAGAACAACACACUGUAACAUCCACAGGAGAAGUUCCAGGAGUUGUUCAAUAGCCCCACACUGACAGCAUGAUGGAGGAAGAAGUGGCCCCUGUAGAUGGCGAGGUGGAGACCCAUUUUGCUGCAGAGAUUUAUGCUGCUGAGGCCAUGGCUGCAGACAUGAACCCCUGGAUUGUGUUUGACUCGAGAAGAACGCCCAGAUCCGAGUUUGACGGCUGGCUGGAGAGCAAUGGGCCCUCACAAGUGAACAGGUUUGGUGAUGAGGAAAGUGGUGUUAGUCCUGUGGGGUGGAUCGCUGUGAUGGGCCUGAACUACAGCCCCAGCAACGGGGAUGUUACGGGUCUCCAGGAGAGCUGGGAGAAACAUUUGGACAGCGGCCGGCCUGUCUGCUUCCAGACAGUGAAGGAGCUGGCCCUGAACCACGGAGUGCUCGCGGGCAAAUGGCUGAUGCACUUGGACUCUGGUUUCAAGUUGGACCAUGCCUGGGAGUGUGUGGCCAGAGCAGCCCUGGAUGGCAAGAUCGGUCAAGUUAAAGUCAGUACCCAUGAUCCCAAGAGUGAGGGCAGGCAGGUCAUUUGUGUCUAUAACCAGAACUUCACUGAUGAAAGCGAGGUUAUAAGGCUGGAAAGCGCCAUCCGUGCCACAGGGGUCAAAUGCUCCCUCACCUACAAGCCCGACGUGUACACAUACCUGGGAAUCUACAGAAACAACCGCUGGAAACUGCGUCCAACCAUAUAUGAGAGCAAAUUUGACCUUGAGUGUGUACCCAGGCGUUCCCACAUUUUCAACACAGUCGCCAAUCUUGAAGUAACAUAAGCCUCUCAUAACAGGAUACUCUUGGAGAACGGGUAAUGAAGAGGCACUUGGCGAUCCCAUGAGCUGGGUUGUGCAGUACAUCUCACUGAUUAAAAGGGAUUUGAAAGUCAGUUGUUGAAUUUUGAAUUUGAUCUCAAGUUCUUCCUUUUGUCAAAAAAAAACAAACAUUAAGUCUAAUUUCAGUCUGUAAUAUUUCCUAAGUGACCUGAACUAUUGUCACAUUUUUGCAUUGAUUCUCUUGUAUUCACAAGAGAAAUGAUUUGUGUUCUUGAUGUUCUGUCAACACUUACCUGAGGGAAAGGGUGGCCGAAGAUAUCCUUGAUUUGUAUGCACAGAGAAUAAAUGUUCUUUUUUACAAUAUACAUAUGUAAUUUGUUUGGAUUUAGUUUCUGGUUCAUAUGGAACCACCAUAACAGAGUUGCCAAAUAAAAUCUACUUUUGA